CAUAAAAAAAAUUCUGCAAAAAGUUAUUAAGUAUAUUACAAGACAGGGUACCCUGAAUCGGGAUCGAAACCUGUAGAUUCUGAUUCCGAUUCCCAAUUUGAGGAACCUGUUUCAACAAGUUCAGUUCCGGUUCCAGAAAUUUUAACAGGGUACCCUGUUAUGCUCAUCCCCAUUUCAAGCUAAACACAUAUGAAGAAUCAUCCGUAUAUAGUCCCUCAUCAACCCAUUGUUCACCUAAUUAAGCUGCAUGCUAAUGAAAACUAAAACUAGAACUCCCAAAAAAAAAAAAACUUGAAGAUGAAUUCUUCUACCGUUAACCAGAUCUCUGAAUUCUUUGUGAAGCCAAAAUAUGUUGUAGAAGAAUCAAAACAUGAGCCUUAUCAUCUUGCUCCCACAGAUUUAAUUAUGCUUUCUUUCCAUCACAUCCAAGUCGGUCUCAUGUUCACCAAACCUUCCCAUCUAAACGAUCAAGAGUUUUCGAUCCUUUCGUUCCUUGAAGGUCUUAAAGACUCUCUUUCACUCACCCUCGUUCAUUUCUACCCUCUGGCGGGUCAACUUGUCACGGAAGUAGAUGAAGAAAAGCAUGAAUGUCGAGUCUAUGUAGAUUGCAACAAGGGUCCUGGGGCUAGAUUAAUCCACGCGGCUUUAGACAUGACCGUUUCUGACAUUCUCUCCCCAAAGGAUGUACCUUUGGUUGUUCAGUCAUUUUUUAACCUCAAUGAGGAGGCUGUGAACUACGACGGUCACACAAAACCUUUGUUGUCUGUCCAAGUCACUGAGCUCCUAGAUGGGGUGUUUAUUGCGUGUUCCAUAAAUCAUUGUAUUACUGAUGGAACUUCAUAUUGGCACUUUUGGAACAAAUGGUCCGAAAUACAUAAAGCUAACAACCAAAAUAAUCAAAUUUAUGAGUCAAGUCGUCUACCAAUCCACAACCGUUGGUUUCCCAAUGGAUGUGAUCCCCCUAUUGCCCUUCCCUUCACCCACCGCGAUGAAUUCAUAAGAAAAUUUGAACCUUCUCAACUUAGAGAUCGGAUCUUUCAUUUCUCAUCUGAGUCUCUAGCAAGGUUAAAAGCCAUAGCAAACAAAGAAAGUAACACCGAAAAUAUUUCUUCUUUUCAAGCCUUGUGUGCACUUGUUUGGAGAUCGAUAAUUAGAGCAAAUCGAGUACCUCAUGAUCAAGUCAUCUAUAGUGAUAUACUUGCCAAUACGAGGCACAGGUUAGAUCCACCUUUACCCGAAUUCUAUUUUGGCAACUCUGUUAAGGAAAUCACUACAAGAACUACAACUAGCGAUUUACUUGAAAACAAUCUAGGGUGGGUGGCAUCAUUGUUACACCACUCGAUAGCAAGUCUCAAUGACAAAUUUUUGCGUGAUUCAAUCAAUGAAUGGUUGCAAUCUCCGUUUUGUUUACAUCAUGCAGAGCUAUAUGACUAUAACAAGGUGACAAUCGAACAAUCGCCAAGAUUUGACAUGUAUGGCAACGAGUUUGGGCUAGGGAAGGCGGUAGCAAUUCGUAGUGGGUAUGCAAACAAAGCUAUGGGGGUGAUAUAUGCUUGCCCGGGACGUGAAGGAGGCGGAGCUGUGGAUCUCGAAAUAUGUUUGCCACCUGAUUCGAUGAAUGCUCUCGAAUUAGAUGAAGAAUUCAUGGCCUUUGUAUCAUUGCCGGAGUAAGGAUUUACUACGUUCAUUAUAUUAAUUUUUUCUUUAAUUUAUCAGAUUGUUGUCAAAUUUAUUAUCAAACUAGAUGGUGAUCCGUGAGAUGCACGGU